CACAAACCUCAUCCCCUAGCAGUGUCAGAGACGACACGUUCCCAUCGCAUGACUUGGCUGCAUGAGGACCCGCACCAGAGACCCUCUGCAAUGAGAGGCUCUGAUACUUUCGCGGCCCCUGGCGAUCCGAUGCGGACCGGGCUUUCGUUUUGCCCGGUCGCCAGGUAGGCGACAAGGUCCAGAGCAGCAUGACUGAUUGCCCAACACUUUGUCGCGACAAGUGGAUAUUAUCCCACCCUUUCCCCUUCUCCUUGCUUGAGCCCUUCCAGUUGAAUUCGUUGCUUCUCCUUCCGUCUGCAGCACUCGCAGUCAUGGCAGCCAUGGCAAAGGCCCUGGCGGAUUCACGCAUUCUCCACCUCAUCUUGCGUCACCUCUCCGACAUGAAAUACAAGGAUCGCCGACAACUGGGAUCUGAUCAGCCAGUCGAAUUUCUGGAAUUCCGCCCUACCCUCGUGCCCUCGAUUCUCGUCAACAAGCUGUGGGCGGACGAGGGCACGUCCAUUCUCUGGAGGCGCUAUCCCCACCUCCUGGCUUUGGAUGACAUGGCACCCACUCGACGGCAAUGGUAUGCAAACAAAGUAGAACGCCUGUUCGUCCUAGGCCCACCCGACGACGAAACAAACUUCGACUACUUGCACGACUUGAACUGGCCCAACCUAAAGACACUAGAGUUGGAAGUGGACUGGUGUAAACAUGAAAAAGGAAUUAGCUCCAUGCUUCACGUAGGGCUCCAGCAUGUGGAAUUUAUGGGUCCACAGAGCAGUGGUUCGGAAUAUAUCGCUCGCACCAUCCUACCAGCUUUGUUUAAACCAAAUCUGGUCAGCAUACACAUUGGCCCAGAUGUACUCGAUCUCGAGGACCCACUACUUUAUCAGGUGUUACUGGAUUUACUGGAUUCUGCGCCAAGCAUCUUAGACGUUCGCAUAAUGAACGCCGGUUUCUCAGGAAAGGACAUCAUCUUCAAAACCCUGAGUCAACGACUUGGUCUUGAAGCACUACAAAUCGACCUCGACCCCGGCCUGCAGUUACUACCUUACUUUUCAGGCCCAUAUGCUCUUCCUGCUCCAUUCCUCUCUCUACGGCGUUUGCACAUCAUGUGCUACCCAGAGAUCGCUCUUGCCUUACUACCUCAGCUGCAACCCAUCGAAGAGUUGCAAUUGGACAUUGCACGCAUUCCUGACCAAGUACAACAAGAGGACGACGCAGAUAUUUUAAAUCGUAUCAUCGCCGCGCUGGCACAAUGUCAACAACUCCGAUCAUUAAAAAUCAACAUUGGUCAGCUUGCGGUUGACUUUCCCUCGGCUACAUCAUGUCCAGCACUCUCUGGGGUCGCACUAACAAAGCUUGCCGCGGGCUGUCCAAAAUUGGAAGAAAUCGGUUUAUCCACCGCAGGGCCAGGGGGUAUCGAUGGAUCAGCUAUCUCCAGUCUUCAAUUUGAAACAUUCUGCAGAGGCCUACCGGGGCUUGUGAAUCUUGAGCUGAAGUUCCAUCCACAAACGGCGAUCAACCUAGAGUUCACCGCACUCGGAAGCCUAGGGAAGAACUGUCGCCUGCUUGAAACUUUGCGAUUGAGAAUCUCUUGCCACCUGCCAGAUCUGCAAAUAGUCAAAGAUGCCUCACCGCUGCAGCCUACUGACGAGUUCUCCCAGAACUCGAUGGACACGGAGGUUGGGCCUAGGAUGCCCUCUAUGACCGCCGACCUUCAUGAAAGCAAAUGCUUGCUUGACAUGGAAAGUCUUGCUUUAUCCCCGACAACUAACACGCCUCUUUUUCAGAACCUCAAACAACUUGCCUUCGCACGACCUCAAUCCAUUCUGUCGAUCGCGAGUGACACAUACAUAUCAUCAUCCAGUUCCCAGACAGGUUCUGUAGUGGAUCACCUUGUAGAGCAGAGCCUCGUUCGAUCCUGGGCACAUCCGCUUGCAGCUCAAUUCCCUCGUCUAGAAAUCCUCGAAGCCUGGGGAGAUUGGACAGGCCAAGACAACGAAACGCUCAACUACUUCCUACCACGCGAGGCACUAUUAGCAACCAUUUGGGAGUUCCUGAGCGGCGUGGAGCAGGAUCUCUGGGACGAGGAGGAAGACGCAGAGGAAGACAUUGACGAAGUCGGCAGCGGCUCGGAUUGGGUCGAUGCGCAUACAGACCGCUAUAGCAUCAACAGCUACACCAGCUUAGAUUGGGAUUUGGCCAGCCUCGUCAACGAGUUCCGGACUCAGGAAGAUAUCAGUGGUCGCGCUUCUCUGGAUACUUAUGACGAAGAACCGGAGGACAUGCUUACCCCCGGACCAAUCCUGGAUAAAGAUGAGGAACCGUAUUUUCGGCAUUCUGAUGCCAAGAACAUUGCUGCAUCUGGAGCUGGAGCGGUCAACCUUGCUCCAGGCACUGUCGCUUGCUCAGUGUAGACAUUUUCGCCGCGAGAUUGACUGAUCAGAUGUGAAACCCUUUGUACAUGAAUCAUCACAUGAUGGCUUUCUUGUUAGAAGUGCUGCGCGUAAUUUUCGCAAUUAUGAAUGCCCGUAUGCAACUUGUUCGAGGGUAAGAUAUUUAGACAACUUGAUGUAAUCACGGCAGUUCAAAUAGAAUACAUGGAGUUGAGAGGAAAGGAUAUACACUGUUUCUAUAUUUUCGUAAGAGAAGGUUUCACUAUAGUUCAUGUUUGGGCCUCACGCUUCAACUUCUUCAUCUAUAACACACGCUAUAUAACACAUACAAGUACAAUCGACACGAACAUCAAACGUGCACAACCAGCAAACUAUAUCCGAAC